UAUCUGUCCCCUCCCAGCCCGCCCCGAGCGCAGCCACAACCAGCAGCCAGGGAGCCCUGCCAGGCCAGACAGCUCAGCGCUCCGGUUGUCCCUUCCCCGGGCCAUGGAGCCUCAUCGGAGCCACAUCGCUGCCCUCUGCACCGUGCUGCUCUGGGCCACCUGCACCACGCAGGAGGGAGCCGGCCCCGGCAACGACUUCAACAUCCAAGCUGCCCUGCUCCUGGGUGAGGAGCCCAAGGACCCCAAAUGUUUCACGCGCUGCCUGGAGGAUCUGACCUGCUUCUGGGAGAGCAGCAGCCCCCCGAGUGCCACCGAAUACGGCUUCUUCUACGUCGUGGAGGGGGACGCCCCACAGCGCUGCAACGUGAGCGUGGCCCGGACGCCCUGGAACAGCACCCGCUUCAUCUGCGUCUUCCCCCCCCAGGACACCCCGUCCUUCACCUCCCUGCACGUCCGGGCCUUCGCCGGCAACAGCAGCAACGUCAUCCACGCCCGCACCAUCAUGAUCAACCAAGUGGUUCUCCUGGACCCACCAUCCAACCUGACGGCGCGCGCGCCCGAGAGCCCGGCAGCUGGCGGUGAGCUGGCAGCCGCCCGGCCUGCGCUACCUGGAGAGCAGCCUGCGCUACGAGGUGGCCUUCGCCCGAGGGCGCCGAGCGCCAGACGCGCCCUCACCCUCCCACCCCUGCAGGUCGACAUCCCCGACGGCCGCACCGAGUGCCUCAUCCUCAACCUGCGGGGCCGGACCCGCUACACCCUGGCCGUGCGCGUCCGGCCCGACGGCGUCAGCUACAGCGGCUACUGGAGCGCCUGGUCGGCGCCGGUCACCGUGGUGACGCCCCACGAUCUGGACCCCCUGAUCCUGUCGCUGUCGCUCAUCCUGGUGCUCAUCGUGGUGCUCCUGGCCCUCUUUGCCCUUCUCACCCACCGCAGGUUUUUGAAGAAGAAGCUGUGGCCGGUGAUUCCCAGCCCGGAGCACAAAUUCGAGGGGCUUUUCACCCUCUACAAGGGAAACUUCCAGCUCUGGCUGGGACACAGGAACGCCUACCUGUGGUGGAGCGCGAACCCUGGCUACUUGGAGGAGCCGCCCACCACGCUGGAGGUGCUGUCUGAGGGCCGCGAAUCCAAGGCGGAGGGGCCGGUGCCCCCUCUGCCCCCCAAAGCCCCGGGCUUGGUCCCGCCCACCCGCCCUGAGCCGCCCGUGGAGCCCCAGGAUGACUACCUGGUGCUGGAUGAACAGCUGAUGCCAUGCAGCCUGGGUGAGGCCUCUCUGCUCCUGCCAGAUGCCCAAAGCAGUGCGGGCUCUGAAAGCCCCCCUGCCACGGGGCAGGAGCUGGGCCCCCCGGGGGCUACACCGGAGCCUGUCCCGGAGGAGCGGGUCUCGUCCUCCUCCAGCUUCGAGUACACCGUCUUCGACCCCAGUUCGGAGCUGCUGGCACCCUGUGGGCACCAGCGCCCACUCAAAUACAGCUACCUGCUGGUGUCCGACUCAGGGAUCUCUGCUGACUACAGCCCCCUGGGCACCAGCACCCACCAGCCCAACCUCUACACCAACCUGUGCCAGGAUGGGUGCCAGGCCCAGCCCUUCCCAGCCAGCUACGUGGUGUGCUCAUAGUGCCGGCGGAUGGGCAGGGGACUUCGGGCCUGGAGAACAGAGGUGGAACCCCAUGUCCGCUGGACGUGACGGAAACUCCUUCCUGGCAGGACGUAGCGGGGACCCCGUCCCGGCAGGACGUAGCGGGGACCCCAACCAAACAGGCUGUUGAGGGAACCUGGGAUGAUAUAAAGGAGACCCCCGUCCCAGCAGGACGCAGCGGGGACUUCAUCCCGGCAGGACGUAGCGGGGACCCCAACCAAACAGGAUGUUGAGGGGACCUGGGAUGAUAUAAAGGAGACCCCCGUCCCAGCAGGACGUUGAAGGGACCCCAUCCUGGCAUGAUGUAAAGGACACCCCGUCCCAGCAGGACGCAGAGGGGCCCCGUGGCUGGAGGAUGUUGAGGGGACCCCGUCCUGGCAUGAUGUAAAGGACACCCCAUCUCAGCAGAACAUAGCAGGGACCCUGUCCCAGCAGGGUGUUGAGGGGACCCGGGAUGAUAUAAAGGAGACCCCCAUCCCAGCAGGACGCAGAGGUGCCCCAUCCCAGCAGGACGUUGAGGGGACCCCGUCCUGGCAUGACGUUGAGGGGACCCCGUCUCAGCAGGACGCAGAGGGGCCCCGUGCCUGGAGGAUGGACAUAUGACCCCAGCGCCAGCUCCCUCUUGCCUGGGCCUUGCAAGGCUGGGGGGGAAGCCAAUGGAGGUGGAUUCCACAUGACCCCAGCUCAGGCUCAGACUGGGCUCUUGCGGGGACAGAAACUCCCACCUGGCCGGAUGGGCCAUGGGCAACGCGGCCGGUGCCGGCUGUCACAUCCGCGGAGCAGGUGGUCAGGGACCAACCUGCCAGCAGGGGGCGCGACCACCAAUCCCCCGCCCAGAGCUGCCUUGGAUUCGAAACACGAGCUGGGUGGAAGCUGCAGCCCCCUGUGCCACCAAGGGGAGCCCACCCACUCUGCCCCCCCCGCCCAAGCCUGGCUGAGCUGCAAGGGAUGCUGGGAGUCCUGCAAUCCUGCUUCUUGCCCCUUUUCUUUUUGUACUUAUGUGUACGGGGCAGGGGGAGGGGAGCUCAAAAAGCCCCGUUACCCCUGUAAAUCUGUUACUGCUGUGACCAAUUUAUUAGUCAGGCAGCAAGGGCCAGAGGUGGGAGUGGGUGGGCCGGGUCUCAGGGCUCUUGGGUUCUAGCCCCAGCUGUGGGAGAAGAGUCUGGCCUAGUGGUUAGAGUUAGGGGAGCUGGGAGUCAGGACUGCUGGGUUCUAUCCCAGCUGUGCCACCGACUUGCUUUGUGACCCUGGACAUUUCCCCCCCCCUUCUGCGCCUCAGUUUCCCCACUUGUAAAACAGGGCUGACAAUACUGACCGACCUGGGCUGUCAUUUGGAUUUUCCCUUUAAGUAUUUAACUCCAUGGGGUUGUCCCUGCCCUGGGGCGCUCUCGGAUGGACUGAGUCGCCCUGGCACCACCAGCAACCCAUCUGGCAGCACUGAAACGCCUGGGGGUCGAGGGCUGUCUCCUACCUGCCCGGCAGCGGUGGGCCCCGGCUUAGGCCAGGGGCUUGUUA